GUCAGUACUGUUCAGACCUCUUAUUUCAUUUGACGGAAUCGUGUCGAGUGGAUAUUCAUAAUAAAUUCACUGACGUGGGCUUAUAUGUCUUUAAAUUUACAUACAUAUAUUGUGCGGCAGAAACAAAAAAUUGGUGUUACAUAUUCUAAGUGCUUUAUCAAAAUAAGUUAAUGGCUUCUACAAAUCGCUAAGACCUAAAUCAAUGUCGCUGUUUAAAUUUCUUAGCGAUUACUCGAUCACAAUUCAUUGAUAGUUACAAUAACAGUGAAAUCAAAAUCCAAAAUUACAUAAUAACUACCAAUUCUUGCCACGAGAUGGUCAACAUUUAAAAGUGCACUACAAAUAUGGUUAAAAUUGGUUAAAUUGAAAGUGAAGGCUUAGGUUUAAAUUUCUUCGUAUGUCAGCGUCAAACUUAAUUGAUCCAACAUAUAACGAUCGGCGAUGCUUUCGGGCGCUACCUGACGACGAGGCCAACAAUUUGGGUAAUGAAGAAGAUCUGGUUAUGAGUUUAUCUCAAAAGGAUAUACUUAUACCAUCUGCAGCCUCCCAGCAUCAUCAGUUGGAACCACUUGCCAAGCAUAAUCCAAACGAGGCAUCGGCACAACACACGGUUUCUGCCGCAGCCGCUGCAGCGGUUGCACAUCAUCAUCAUAGUCUCUCCAGUAUUCAGCAUCUCCAGAAUCUGCAUAGCCAGCAUCAGAAUACUUUGUUCAAUAACAGCCAUUCAACUCCGUUUAGUGUGACCGAUAUCCUAAGUCCAAUUGAGGAAUCGUAUCGCAAACUGGAAAUAAACGGUAAUCCGCCGUCUCCAUUUCGAUCAAAUUCUAGUGGAAGUAGUAUUAAUUCUCCUGGAACAAUAAGUACUUCAACAAUGGCGAAUCCUUACGCAAUGGGAUCGUUAUAUCAUAGUCCAGGUGUACAGAGCUAUUGUGGACCUACCGAUAACUUAUCAUUGGCGGGACACUAUACAGACAUGAGAGGUUCGGCAUCAUGGUAUGGAUCAACAGCAAAUGAUCCCAGAUUUGCAAUAUCCCGUCUUAUGAGUACCUCAGCGAGUGGAUCGAUGGGUCACAUGGGGAACAUGAGUGGCUUGGCUGCAUGCAGUGUAAGUGAUGCAAAACCUCUACAAUUCCCGUUGGCGCAGAGACGAAAGCGAAGAGUUCUCUUUACACAAGCUCAGGUUUAUGAGCUCGAAAGAAGAUUUAAGCAACAACGUUAUUUGUCGGCCCCCGAACGAGAACAUUUAGCCAGCCUUAUACAUUUGACGCCCACACAAGUAAAAAUUUGGUUUCAAAACCAUCGAUACAAGUGCAAGCGACAAGCUAAAGAAAAGGCAAUGGCUGAACAAAAUCAACACAAUCAGUCUGCAAGCUCGCCAAGACGCGUCGCGGUGCCAGUUUUAGUAAAGGAUGGAAAGCCCUGCUCUGGAGCCAGUAGUGCCGCACAACCCCAAUCGCAUACUAACAGCUCGACAAAUUCUGGCAAUAACAGCAAUAAUAGCAAUGGAAAUGCGAAUGGUGGAAAUGGGACAACAGCAGCUACCGCCAAUGUGCCGAGUGGCCUCAGUCUCAUUCCAGGAGAUGCACCCAACUCACACUCACCUGAUACAUCUUCGUCUCUGAUAGCAAGUUAUGGUGGGACAGUUGGAGGUUCCAAUGCUUCAAUGUUACAGCAACCCUGCAAUAAUGCUCUAAUGUCCAAUAGUUUAGCUAUGGCAUAUAGAAACCAAAAUAAUUUCAUUUCGAAUGGUCAUCAGCAACAAUGUGGAGGCUAUUUGCCAUUGCAAGGUAGAGCAUGGUAAAUGUAUCAUAAAUACUCGUAUCAUUUA